UUCUUGCUUGUUUAAUCGAUGCGACAGCAAAGUAGUUUUCGAAAUAAAUAUUAUGAGAGAAUCAGUUUUUUUUUUCAGUUUGCAACAAAAAAAAAAUAUAAUUUCCAGCAAUACAAAUUACAUUAAAAUAUCUUCCCAAUAGCACAUAAAUAACAUGGAUGGCAAGGAAACAAAGCGUAAGCUCAUCGAUAAGUUUGAUAUUCCAAUAAAUCAUUUGGAUUUCGCUUAUAUUGGCGAGUGUGAGAAUGCACGUGAAAUGGAGAAAAUUGUACAAAUUUUACGUUCCGGCGAAGAAGGUUAUUUUCCUGAUCUCACGACCUGUGCGGAAAAUAAAUUACGACAACUCAAGCCGAACAGUCGACUUUUUCGUUGCGAGGAAAAAUUGCAGGGACGUGAGGCGCUCUCGAAGCAAGAGUGGAAACCGAUAUUCGAUUGGACGAAUAAUAUAAAGGUGAAGGACGUUGAAUUGUCAGCCGCCGCUGAAAAGAUGGCUAAAAUAGAUCUAGGCGUGCCACCAGUACGUAAGAGCGGUGCCAUUAAACAGUCUGAGGAAAAUAAUGAACUCAAAGCAAAACCAAAUAGUGGUGUGGCUGUGCCGACAUCAAAAAUUUCAACCGAGCGUAUCAAGUCCACCGAUUACGGAAAAUGGGAUAAAUAUGAUGCAGAUGAGGAGUGCUUACGCAUGGAGUUGGCUGAGGAGCGCGUGCAGGAAGAGGUGGAACGCAAAAAUCGCCUUAAUAAACAAAAAUCAAAACUACAAUUGGAAGAUGGCGACAGCACAGUUGCAGCAGUUAAAACCGUCCAAGAGCAAGAAGUACUCAGCAAAUUUACCGAUGUAGAACGCGAGCGGCUCGCCGAAGAAUAUCGUCUGCGUGGCAACGAUUAUUUUCGUGCUAAGGAAUAUGAAAACGCAAUUGAAGAAUAUGGACGAGCGAUAAGUGUCUGCGCAGAGAAGGCGGCGCCAGCUUAUAAUAAUCGUGCCGCAGCCAGAAUAAAACUUAAAUGGUAUGCAGAAGCAAUUAAAGAUUGCGAGCAAUGCUUGCAACUGGAGCCGAACAACUUGAAAGCCCGCUUACGCCUAGCAGAUGCUACAUAUGCUAAUGGGGAAAGACAAGAGUCCUACGCCUUAUAUAUGCAAGUUCUAGAGUUAGAACCAAAAAAUGUCAACGCCUUAAAAGCCACAACACAACUUAAGAGUCUAUAUGGUGAAUUUCCACCAGCCAAUGCAACACGUUUAUUUAUUGAAGAGGAGAAGAGUGCAAAAACUGAGAAGAAAGAAAAGAAAAUUUCCAAAAGAAUGAAAACCAAAAUUAAUGACAAACAAACUAUUGAAAACACUAAAACUAUAGAGACAUCAUUAUCCACCACGAACGUUGCAUCAAACCUACCAAAAACGAAACCAAGCGAUUACGAUUUAUCAGAUUUGAUUAAACCAAAUCGUUUAGUUAAAAACAAAUUAGCCACCGCAGCUGCAGCUUUGAGUAAUAUGAAACCAACGAAACAACCAAGGCAACAGCCUACAAAAACAAUGGAAACUACAGUAGCAACAACAUUCCCAAACGAACUACGUUUACCAAAUGAUGCUUCCAAAGCGAGCGGAAAAAUUUUAAUCCAAGAGAUUUAAAAGAGAAAAUAUAUAUUUUAUUGUCACGUUUAUACACAGUUUAUUAUGUAACGUUUUAUAAAGCGCGACACAAGCUUAAACGGACGCUCUUCAAAGUCCUUUAAUUGUGCCUUGGUACUCUUCACCUGUAA